AAAAUAAUUUCUGUUCACUGAAAAAAACUGCUAUAAGUCUCCUCUUCAGUCCUCUCUUCUUUGCUCAAACAUCAUUCUGCAUUUUUUCUUGCUUCACUAGUCUCCGCCGUUUUAUCAUGGCUGCCACCAUCUCCACCGUUGGAGCCGUCAACAGGGCACCGCUGGCCUUGAAUGGCACCGGUGCUGCGUCUUCAGUCCCAACUUCAGCUUUCUUGGGCAGCAGUUUGAAGAAAGUGAGCACAAGAUUCCCAACCUUCAAGGUUUCCUCAGGGAGCUUCAAGGUUUCUGCAGAGUACGAUGAGCAGAAGCAGACCGAGGGGGACAGAUGGGGAGGCCUUGGCACUGACCAAUCUGAUGACCAACAAGAUAUCGCCAGAGGAAAGGGUAUGGUGGAUUCCCUCUUCCAAGCUCCCAUGGGAACUGGAACCCACCACGCUAUUAUGAAUUCUUAUGAGUACCUCAGCGCUGGGCUUCGUCAGUACAACUUGGACAACAACAUGGAUGGUUUCUACAUUGCUCCUGCUUUCAUGGACAAGCUUGUUGUUCACAUUACCAAGAACUACAUGACCCUGCCAAACAUCAAGGUUCCUCUCAUUUUGGGUAUCUGGGGAGGCAAAGGUCAAGGAAAAUCCUUCCAGUGCGAGCUUGUCUUUGCCAAGAUGGGAAUUAACCCAAUCAUGAUGAGUGCCGGAGAAUUGGAAAGUGGAAACGCCGGUGAACCCGCCAAGCUCAUCAGGCAAAGGUACCGUGAGGCAGCUGAUAUCAUCAAGAAGAAGGGAAAAAUGUGCUGCCUCUUCAUCAACGAUCUCGAUGCCGGAGCUGGUAGACUUGGAGGAACUACACAAUACACUGUCAACAACCAGAUGGUGAAUGCUACACUCAUGAACAUUGCCGAUAACCCAACAAACGUGCAACUUCCCGGUAUGUACAACAAGGAAGAGAAUCCCCGUGUCCCUAUCAUCGUCACCGGUAACGAUUUCUCGACAUUGUAUGCUCCACUUAUCCGUGAUGGUCGUAUGGAGAAAUUCUACUGGGCACCUACCAGGGAUGAUAGAAUUGGUGUCUGCACUGGAAUCUUCAGAACUGAUGGUGUUCCACCGGAAGACAUUGUUAAGCUUGUUGAUACCUUCCCAGGACAAUCCAUUGACUUCUUCGGUGCUGUGAGGGCAAGAGUUUACGAUGAUGAAGUGAGGAAGUGGGUUUCAGGCGUAGGAGUGGAAACCAUUGGAAAGAAACUUGUGAACUCAAGAGAAGGACCCCCAACAUUCGAGCAACCAAAGAUGAACCUGGACAAGCUCCUUGAGUACGGACAGAUGCUUGUCCAAGAGCAAGAGAAUGUGAAGAGAGUUCAAUUGGCUGACAAGUACUUGAGUGAGGCUGCUCUUGGUGAGGCCAACCAAGAUUCCAUUGAUAGAGGAACAUUCUACGGUUAGCUCCCUUGAUCCUAAUAAAGGCCUUGAUGUGGAGGUCAAGCUGCCCAGCAAGUUAAUAUACCAGUUCCUGAAGGUUGCACUGAUCCAGGUGCAUCAAACUUUGAUCCAACUGCUAGGAGUGAUGAUGGGAGCUGCACUUACAAGUUCUAGGCCUUUUUAUUGGGAUUUUUUUAUGUUAAUCUGUGGAAGGAUAAUCACUUCCAAACUCAUUUGGGAUUUGUCAACCUAUAAUGUUUCCUUGUCUUGAAUGGAUUUCUAUCCUCUAAUUUUGUGUGAUUA